AUGUCGUUUCACGAUUUCCUCACAGCUAUUUUCGAUAGCCAGAUUUUCAGUGAUAACGAGACGAGCCGCAUGGUAGUGCACCACCAAAAGUUGUUUUGUUUACGUUUUGAAUCAACUCUUGUCAAUAAAACCACCAGAAAACAACACCUUAAGAAACCACUGAAUUUCCAGUUGUUUCAAAUCAGGCUGUAUCAGAACUUGAAAGACUCAAAAAUGGAUCACAAGGUGGAAUCUCUCAAGUUCGCGGUUCAAGAAGUGAACCGAAAGCUGAAUGCUAAAGGCCAUUUCACAAGAUCCUCCACAACAGGUUCGAGUCUUUCCAAGAUCCUUCUUCCAUCGCUGAACUGGGGAGAAAUAUCAGAAACGCCCAAUGUCUCGCUAGAGCUUACCCCAACUAUGGUUGAAAACGAUGCGAAUGUUUUGAAUGUGAUAUUUCGCCUGCUCGAUACGGUAGAUUUGCUGAGACAGGUGAAUGAAAGUCAUUCCUCGGUUCUCAAAACUAACGAGAAUCAAGUUAAGACCCUGAAGAGCAGAGUGAAAGCUUUGGAGAAUGAUAUUGAGAUUAAAGAUAAGCAGAAUGAGAUGCUGACUCGAGAGAAUGAAAGCCACCUGCUCAGAAUCGAGGAGCUUGAGAAGACUAAUCGCAGCUUGACUUCAGAAAAGAACAGACUCCUCAAUUCCCAGGAUGAGAUAAGAAAGCUUGCACAGAGAGAAGUGAAGAAGAGAGAUCUGCUAGUGGGUAGAUUGCAAGAUUCGGUUGAGCAUGCAAGAAAGGUUCCCCGACAUGAGAGGGAGGUGAUGGGCGAAAUAAACGGCAAUAUCCAGCGGAAGGAUUUGAUCAAGAACGUAAUUUCAAGCGAAUUGAGCCAAUCUUUGCAGGCGACGCAGCGAGAUCUGCUGAAAGUGUCUCAAAAGCUGAAAACCGAGAAGGAAUGCAUGUCGUUGAUAUACAAUUUCGUGCUCGAUGUGGCCAAGAACGACCAGAACACAAACAGCAGGCUUGAAGGUACAUACCAGGACGUGUUGGAUAAUCUCCCUCGAGAUGUAUACGAAUCUGAGUCGGUGGUAUCAGAUACCCUUCUUCUGCUGAUAUCCAUAGCGAAAAACAAGAAUGUGUCGAACGACAAGCUGCUGUUGGAGUUGAAGGAAAAGAAAGCGACCAUUGAGAACAUGCAGAAUGAAUUGAACUCCUUGAAUGAGAAUCAUAGCUCUUUGAUGAAAACGAUGGAAGGGUGGAGGAAGUUCCGGAAAGAGUUGAAUAAUCAGUGA